UUUGACAUAUUGACUGUUAGUCAUUCAAAAGAGUUCAGCAAAAUGAUCACUCGCUAUAGAGAGAGAGAACGUAGAGAGAGAGCGGAGGGAGAAAGGAGUAUUCAGGGGUGGUGAAUGUAGAUAGGUUUUUCUUUUUGCAGGACACAAUCUUGUGAUGGGCAGCGCAGCAGCAGUUCGACAGCUUCGAUUCGGCGGUAAGAUCGAAUGGGAUCAAAGUUAGUGUCACUCUCCAAAGUCAGAUUAGGAACGACAUGGUUGAACAAGUUGCAGGUUGAAGUGGAAUCGAGAAGAUGGAGUUUUGUGAUGGAUGAUUUGCAGAUCUCCUGGCUUCAAGGGGUUCUCCAAACGGCGGCAAUGAGAAAAUGGGUAUUCCCGAGCAAGUGCAUCAAGAAAAGUGGUCCUAGAACAAUCAAUGUUGGGAAAGGACUGAACCGUCGUGGAGCUUUCCUUCAAGUCUCUGAGCAGGAAACUAAUGGAAAAGUUUACAAAAUCAUAAUCCCUCAAGCUGAAACCUCCGUUGGUUGGGCCCGUCUCACCAGCUUGAUGAAGGAUUUCUAUUAGGCUGAUCUCCAAGCUCGCAACCUUCCAAACCAGACCUCAGACGCCCCCUGAUCUCAGAAAAAUGAUCACUCAUGGGGUCUCCUAUACCGACGCAGUCAGAUACAGGGGUUUCUAUGGGGGAGGGAGAUGUACCAUUAAAACUCAAGGAAGAAAUCGCUUCAUUUCUGUUGAUCCUGAAGGAGUGGACAAAAGGCUGAAUCUUCUCGGCCGAAGCCUGGUUAUAAGGUUUCGAUCCAACAACGAGAUAUUCUCCAAAAUACAUCUUCAUAAACUCCGCACGUGGGCAGAAAAGACCUGGGCUAUAAAUGAAAAUUUCGGGU